CGGGAUACACACGGCCCCGGUGUGCUUCAGGAACACCGCCAGCCAGCAGCAGCCCCGUCGCUCUCACAAGGGAAUAACACAGCUCGCAGGGAACUGCUCCCAGAUAUUCUACUGGCUGCUCGAGAGAAGACAGAGGUUGUGUCUGAGACUUUGCACAUAAUCGGCUCGUCUACUACGGUCUGAAAGUUCAACCCAGACAGCUGAGGUGUCAGAAUGACCUGCGCUGCCAUGACCUGGAUCCCUCUCCUCUCCCUCCUGCUGCUGUGCGUCAGAGACUCGGCUUCCGUCUUCCUGCCCGACUCCAAUGAGCUCAGGCAGCUGCUGAGCCGCUAUGAGGAGGAGGCGGCGGCGGACCAGAGCGGCGCCACAGACGCACCCCUCAACCGGAGCCGCCGUGCCAUCCGCUGGUCGGACCGGGAGGAGAUCCUCCUGCUGCACAACAAGCUGAGGGGCUCCGUUUACCCCACCGCCUCCAACAUGGAGCACAUGGUUUGGGAUGAUGAGUUAGAGCGCUCUGCCACUCAUUGGGCCGAGCAGUGUCAUUGGGACCACGGACCCGAGGACCUUCUCAUGUCUAUUGGACAAAACCUGGCCGUUCACUGGGGAAGAUACCGCUCUCCUGCUGUCCAUGUCCAGGCCUGGUAUGAUGAAGUUAAAGACUACACCUAUCCCUACCCCCAGGAGUGCAACCCCUGGUGUCCAGAACGCUGCUCAGGCCCCAUGUGCACCCAUUACACCCAGCUGGUCUGGGCAACCACUAACCGAGUGGGUUGUGCUGUACACACGUGUCAAAGUAUGAACGUGUGGGGAGAAACAUGGGAGAAUGCUGUUUACCUUGUGUGCAACUAUUCCCCCAAGGGCAACUGGAUCGGCGAGGCUCCUUACCAGCACGGCCGCCCUUGUUCCCAGUGCCCUCCCAGCUAUGGGGGAGGAUGUAAGAAUAACCAGUGCUACAAAGACUCCCAGCGCUCAGAGACAGAGGACAUGAAUGAGGUGGAGAAGCCUCCGGUUCCACUGGCCCCUCGUACCACUGCCAAACCAGCUCCCAGACCCAAACCGGCUUCUCCCAAAAAACCAUCAUCCAAACCCUUCGCCCCGAAGCCCAACACGCCGUCUUCAAAGACUCCCAGCAACCCUUUUCUUGCUCAACUCAUCAAGUGUGAGACUAGACUGAGAGACAAGUGUAGAGGCGCUACCUGCAACAGAUAUACAUGUCCUGCUAAUUGUCUGAAUAAGAAGGGGAAAGUUUGGGGAACUAUCUUUUACGAUGUGCAAUCAAGCAUUUGCCGUGCAGCUAUUCAUCUUGGUGUCAUUGACAACAACGGAGGAGUGGUUGACAUUACAAGGAAGGACAAGUUUCCAUUCUUUGUCAGAUCCACAAAGAAUGGCAUUGACUCCUCCAGUAAAUAUAAACCCGGUAACGCCUUUGUGGUGGCCAAAGUGGAAGAGAUGACUGCUGACUGCUACACCACGGUGGCUGAGAUCUGCCCUUUCAUAAAGCCCAAUUCCCGUUGUCCAAGGAUCUUCUGUCCAUCCGACUGCAAGACUCAGCCUUCCUAUUGGUCGCCUGUAAUUGGAAACAAUAUCUACACAGAUAGCUCCAGUAUUUGCAAAGCAGCUAUCCAUGCAGGGGCAAUCAAAGCAGAAGGCGGUUUUGUGGACGUUCUGCCACUGGACAAAAGAAAGAACUAUGCUGGAGUCCUGAAAAAUGGCAUCCAGUCUGAGAGCAGGAGCAACAUGGAGGGACACUCCUUCCGAGUUUUUGCCGUGAGGGAGUGAGACUUUUGAUCAGAAUUCCAGAGACCAACAGAGUCACCUCAGCUUCUCUUGAAGAGCCGGACGUGCCCACAGGUUGGAUACAAUAGCUGUUCAUCUGUCUCCAGCCGAUUCCCUCUCUGUUUGUAUGAAAUAGGCAUCCAAUUAUCAAGUUGUUGUCAAUUAUUUUGAAGGAACCUUUGAUUUAUUUUUAUUUUUUACUUCAGAUAUGGAUAUUCCUACAUACUCUCUUAAUCCGCGAAUACAGAAUGUUUUUACAUGUGAUGACCAGUUGGUGCUGGAACUUUCAAUUCAGACAUGUUUUACGCAAGUAUUAUGUUUACAUGGAUGUUCCUAUUACAAAUUUCAGAUCUGUUUUCUUACACGGGAAUGUAUUUUGAUCACAAUGUAUUUAAUCACCAUGUACAGAAUAUAUGAUAUUUUGUUUGUUUUAAAAAUGGAGUACCAUAUAUUAACAUUUUGAUGUCCCUUUGAAUUUUAUAUUUCAUUUUAUUGCGCUUUUCUGCUCACCUGGAUAUUCUUAACGUUUUGCUCCUGAGGAUUUGGCCUGUGAAACCAAAUCACAUUUUGAAGUUGUAUUUAUAAGUUAAGUUGUGUGCUCAUUAUGAGUUAAGAGGCUUUGUUGGCUAGGUACAACAGAACCUGUCAAGAAGACACAGAAGGGGAGGAAAUAGAGGUUAUAGGAAGUGUAUACAGGCAGUAGCAGGCUGUUAAUCGUUUUUUUAAUUUCAUUGUGUUACAUUGCUAGUUUCAAUGUAGUAGAUUGCAGUUGAAGAUGGCUCCUCAGAAUGGUGGCAAUAUUGUAAAUAUAUUAGAUAACAGUCACAGACAGUAAACGUGUCAAAGAUAAAAUGCGUUUUUCUUUUUCUAUUUACUAUGGUUUAGGGCUCUCCUCGUUUCUUCAUCUCUCCUGUCUCUUAAAAAAUUAUGAAAAUGCUAAAUUCCUCUCAGAUGAUUGCGUCAUAUUUAACGUGAGAGUGAGCUGAUUUGCCAAGACUUGCUCCUCAAACUUUAGUUUAUUCACUUCGAUCAACUUCCAUUACUGAUGUAGGUGUGCAGCAGACACCUGUAAACACCUGUGAUCACUACUCUGGACAGAGGAAAUGUGACUCACGUUAACCCUGAUUUGAAUACAUUCUCGUUAUUUAAAAAAAUGUAUAAUUCAGUAUAGUAAGCAUCUGACAUGAAAACCAUUUUCACAGACUUACAGUCCAAUUUGUUGUGUAGGACAUUGGCGUCCAUUUGUAAUUGUUGUAACACAUCUUUAUCUCUUUAUUCUACCUCAAUCCUAGUGCUUUUCUAGUAUUGAAAUCUUUUCAAUAAGGGAAUGUGUAUAUAAGUAUAACAAGUAUUGUAAAGUUAUUUUUAUACAGGUGUGGGAUGGGCUCUAUAUUGUUUUGCAGAAUUUGAAAAUAAAGUAUGAAUAUGCCACAACACCUGAGUCUCUUUCGGUAAAAGAUGUGUCCACUGAGUACAUGGUUGUUCACUACAGAAGCAUUUUUAGAUGACGAAACACUGAACUCAUUAUUUUGUACGAGGGUUGGUGGCAGUGUUUGAUAGUUCUAAUCUACUUCAGUUAUUUGCUAAGUGACAGAUGGCUUACAGAGGACUGCCUUUUUUGUUCAGCGCAUUCAAACAAAUAAAGUAACCAGGACACAGGACAUAAUCGGAGUCAGGGUAGAACAACUAUGUAACUGUUAUAUAUUCCCAAAACUUGAUUAAAUCUACUUUGACCAGCUCAUGAAGCUAAAUGUACAGUCAAAGGUUUGGACACAUUUUCUCAUGCAAUUCUAUGAUACAGUGUGUCCAAACCUUGGACUGGUACUGCAUGUCAUAACAAUGAACUCAAUUUUGACCCAGGCCACCCAAGACUUGUCCGUUAUCUUUGGAAGAACGUCUCCAACCAUAUUCAUAAAAUGGCUGUGCUUCGUGCCAAGGGGAAGUGGAAUAACAAAUUAAAGCGAUCACUUUUACUCAAGGACGACAUACACCAUCUGCCAAUAUCUCUUUAGUUCAUGGUGGACUGAAUUUUAGAAGAAAGAUAAAAACUUAUUUCACGCUCUGGGCCGUGCCUCUAAUUUGUCUCUUUACAGAUGCUUGUGACAGAGGUUGAUGAGAUCACUGCAGACGUGACACUAAUAAAUGCCCCAUUGUCUAAAACCAGAAAAGAAAAGCAGCAGACAUUGGAAAUAGAAAAGAGAGAGAAAACCAGAGAAACCUCCAGUGCUCCUAUAGGAGCCAUCGUCUUUGUUCUCAAAUGUACUUUCCGCAUUAAUAUUCUAUUGAUUGUCUAAAAAUAUGUCUGUACAAGAGUACCCAGCUGCAAAUGUAUUGAUCACCUGCCAUAUGUAUGAGUAUUAAGCUCAAAGAGAAGGAUGGUAAAGCACUGUGUUGCAAAGCUUUGGGGAGCUUUUCAAGCAUUUCUGCAGAUUUUCCUCUUUGGUUUAAAUUUAGUGGCAGCUCUUUCAAUUUAUUAUUAAUGUUGAGUAAGAGUUCAUCGGGAAAGUUUUCAUAAGAUACCUGUGACCUGUGUGAUUACCUGCCUGCUUAAUUGAUUUUCCCUGCUUCUGAUUACCCUUCCUGCUUUGUCUGUGCCAUUUCUGUCCACUUUGGUUUUCUGUCCAAACUUGUAUUCUCCAGUGUCUCU